AUGGGAAACAAAGAUGCAACCUUUAAAAGGGGAUCCAAGUGUCAUUUUUUCCUAAUAUACAUACGGGACAACUGGAAAACCCAAAGAAGACCAUGUUUGUUGGGCCCGUGCCGGUUUUUAUUCGAAAAGAAAAAAAGAAGAAGAAGGAUACAAAUCGAACUGCGGUUUGGGUUUUUCGGUUCGUCUUCUUCACUUCAGUGGCUUGACGAGGCUAUUGAGAUACUAUUCUGCAAAAAGAUUUUCUUAAACAUGGAGGUUCAGACUGAGGUCUUCUGUGGUGGUGAUUUGGAAGCUCUUAGAACUGAGUUGAAAGGAUCAAAAGACUUCCUUAAACUGUCUGCUGAAAUUGCAAAGCUUGGAGACAUGGCAUCAUCAUCAGAGCCCAUAAAUAUCCAGGCAUUCGGCUAUUUAUUGACUUUCUUCACCAACCGAUAUCCAAAGAUAGGCAAAUGAGUGGUGAGCUUGUUUAUGUUGCGC